UACGCCUGAUCAAUCUACUCUAAUCUUAGACUAUGGAGAAAAAAAACAAAUGUUGUAAGCACUUUAAGGACCAUGGGGCGCAGAAACCAUCACAACUCAAUGAGCACAAGGAGCAUAAAUUAAGGGACCAUUACCGCAAGGAACGAAUGAAGUCUUCAGAGAAUGUGCAAAAGUCCUACAAACAUAAUUAUACGACAAAUCAAAAUCAGAUACGGCAGGACUAUUAUUGCGAUCAUUCGUGGGAGGAUCGUGAGUCUCCUUCUAACCAUGAAGACCAUGCUCAGUAUUUGUUUUCCAAAAAAUGUUUCAAUGUUAAUUAUCACCCGGCACAAAAUGAGAAGUGGAAACACCAGUCGAAAUUAAAGGUGAUGAUGCAACCCAGUUCAAAUUACACACCCAAGCAAGCAAUUGUUCCAGCAUAUCUCCUUAAUGAUAGAAAAAGGCAGAAACCAGUCAUAGAACACAGCUGUGGGGACUACCUUCUCUAUAAGAAUCAAAACUAUGAAGCGGACCCAUCUAGUAAAAGUGAGCAGUGUGAGGUCGAGGGUGGUUAUAAUAACAUAACCCCACAUCGUUUAAACCACCACCAGAAGCAAAAGAAAGACUCUGAUUUACUUAAUGCAGCUAAGGCUCAUUGCCAGGCUGCUGCCGAAAGAUUCCAGAAUAAGUUUCCUUCAUGCAGUAAGUGUUCCUCCUCCAACGAAUCCCAAUCGAAACCAUCCAGAAUAACCGUGAUCAGUGCGAAAAGCGGAGACGAUCUCAGAGCGGCUGUUCGGUCCCAAAUAGAGGUCCAAGAGGCCUUGAAUGCGUUUACACUUGAAGUGAAGGAUAAGAGGGAGGAAGUACCAUCCGAAGAAGAACGCAGUACCAAGCCCAAAAAGAGCAAACAAAUUACGUCUCAUACGCAAGCCGAGAAAGUGGAUCCCACUGCCGAAUGCGCCCAAUUAGAUACCCUAGGGGUUGACGAUUUAGAACUCGUGGAUCUAAGUGGCAGUCCUAGUGAUGCCGCUAUUACCAAUGUGGAUGUAAGUGACAGUCCUGGUGAUGCAGCUAUUACCAAAAUGGAUCUAAGAGACAGUCCUACUGAUGCAGAUAUUAACAAAGUAAUUGAUCCGGUUAUCAGGAACAUUCAGCGCAUGUAUCUGAACACUCUGAAAGACGAAAUGUCCCUCAUGGAGUAUCUAGUUACGGUCCCGGAAUUAAUUAAAAAAGCUUUUAAGCGUCCACUCGCUGAAAAAGAGCAAAAAAUAACAAGGGAGUGUUGAAAGCACAUUUAAAUUGUAUUUAUUCAAUGUUUAUAUAUUUUGAUCUUUAAAAAGGCAGUAACAAAUUACAAAAUGUGCACUUUUAAAUAACGCGCCAAAUAUGACUCGCCUAUAGAUGGCGCACUUACACGUUACAAUCGAUGUUACGAUAUAUCCAUCUAUUCUUUCAUUCACAAGUCUAUCUGCGCGGGUUGCCGCUAGAUGGCGCCUAACAGAACACUGUUUAUUGACUAGUGUGCACAAACGCUCCACAUCUGAAGACUAGAGUUGAAAAACGACAGUGCGAGACGGCUUCUAGAAC